AUGAUUAAUGAUAGUCAUAAAUUUUUACAAAGAAGUUCAAGUUAUAUAAAAACAUUAGUAAAAAGUGAUAGAAAAAAAUUAGAAAGAAAAUAUAAAAGUAAUCCAGAUUUAUCAUCAUUUUAUAAAAAUCGUCAAAAUUAUUAUCAACAACAAUUACAAUAUAUUCAAGAACAAGAAGAAGAAGAAGAAUUAAAAAUACAAAAACAACAAGAAUUCCUAAAUUCAAAUCAAACAACAAUGGAAUAUAAAAGUGGAAUUUUAUAUAAAUUAAGUACUGGUAUAUUUAAAAAUCGUAAAAAAUAUUGGUUUGUUUUAACUAGAACUCAUUUUGUAUAUUAUAGUUCACCAGAUAAAUUAUCAAAUCCAAUUGAAAAUAUAUUAUUAAACGAUAUAAAGAAUAUAAUAUUAUUACAAAAAGAAGCGGAAUCAUUAGCAAGUACAUAUGGAUUUAUAAUUGAAUAUUCAAGUAUUAGUAGUAGUAGUAGUGUAUCAAAAUUAAUAUUACAAUCAGAUUCACUCUCAUCGAUUGCAGAUUGGGUCAUUAAAAUAGAUGGUAUAAUUCAUCCAAAUUUUAAGAGUUUUUUAAAUCAAGUUGAUAGAAAACAACUCUUAAAAAUAAUGUAUAAAGAUAAUAUAAAAGGUGGAAUAAUUAAAUCAUCAGAUACUGAAGAAUGGAGUUAUUCUUCAAUUGGUAAAUUAUGUAUAGAACAAACAUUUGGUAGCGGUAGUAGUGAUUUCAAUAAUGGCGAUAACGAGUAUAGUUUAAUUAAUGGUAAUGAAAAAGUCGAUUAUCAUUGGGAUGGUGAAUGGUUAAAAAGUUCAACUCAUAAUCAUAUUUUAGGUUAUGGAAGAUUCAAUGGUGUAUAUUUGGCAUGGUUUAUAAAAGAUUCAACAUUUCCAGAGAUUAGAUAUUUUUAUGAUGAAAAAGAGAAAGAAUAUAUUUCAGAUAGAAAAGAAUUUACAUUUAAAUGGACAAGACAUUUUUUAGCCUCAAAAUAUGGUUCUGGUGAAUGGAUUGUUGAAGGUCAAGUACCACAACCAGUAGUUAUGUUUUUACAAUUAAUUAAAUAUAAAAGAUAUUCAAAUAAACCUGGUUUUUUAACUCCAUUUGUUUCUGAAAUUGUAACUUCAUCAUCAUCAUCAUCAUCAUCAUCAGAUAAUAAAAUUAAUAAUAACAACAAUAAUAAUAAUAAUAAUAAUAAUAACAAUAAUAAUGGUAGUAAUAAUGUUGCAAGUAGUUCAGUUGGUAAUAGUUGUAGUUCACCAAUUUCAAUUGAACCAAACCAUUUAUCAAUUCCACUAAAUCAACCUUCAUCACCAUCAUCAUCACCAUCAUCAUCAUCACCUGGUGCUGCUUCAACAAUUAAUGUUUUAUUAACUCCACUUUUAUCAACUUCUCCAUUAAAUGGUGGUAGUUCUGCAAAUUCAAAUGAAUUAAUUAAAAUUAAUAAUAAUAGUGAUAAUAGUACAACUUCAAUAACCACAACCACAACAACAACAACAACAACAACUUCUACUUCUACUACCAUUGAUGUUAAAGAAGAUAGUAAUAAUAACUUGGAAAAUAAUAAUAAUAAUUAUAAUAAUAAUAAUAAAUUAGAAAAUAAUAUUGAUAAUAAUAAUAACAAUAACAAUUUAACCUCAUCAGCUGAUAAUAGUAAUAAUAGUAAUAAUAAUAAUAAUAAUAUUAUUAAAAAACCAUUUAAUAAAUUAGCACCAUAUACAAGAGGUAGUGCAUUAUUAAAUGUUUCACAUGGAUUAUUUAAUACUGGAUCAGAGCAUUCUAAUGAUGAAUUGGAUCCAAUUGAACAACUUAAACAACAAGAGAUGUCAAACUUUUCAAAUAAUAGCUCUGAUGAUUUAACAUUAUCAACUUCAAUGAGUAGUUUUACAAGUCACCGUCAUAAUAUAAGUAAUAUGAGCGAUAGUUUAGAAGUUUUUAGUUUAUUAAAUAAUAUUAAGAAAUCUUCUGAUGAGAUUAUAAAUAAAAAUAAUAAUAAUAAUAAUAAUAAUAAUAAUAAUAAUUUAAUAGCUCAAUUUGAAACUGAAUCUAAAAAUAAAGAAGAAAUUAAUAGUGAAAUUAAAGAAAAACAACAAGUUGAACAAAAAGAUGAAAAUAAAGAAGAAAUUCAAAAUUUACAUAAAAUAAAACAUCAAAGAAAAUCAACUUUACAAUUAUUAAAUGACACAAUUGAUGAAUCUGAAAAAAUUAAAAGUAGAAAAUCAGUUGAAAGUGUUUCAUUACAACAAAUUAUAAAUAAUUUUAAAGAAAAUUCAUCAUCAUCAUCAUCAUCAUCGUCAUCGUCAUCAACUUCUUCAACAAUAUCACCAUCAACAUCACCAUCAACAACUUCAGUUGCACCAAAUAAACAACCAUUAGAAAUUUCAUCUUCAAAUAUAAAACAACCAUUAUCAUCAUCAUUACCAGCUGCAUCGCCAACCACAACAUCAACACCUUCCUCUGUAGUAAAUAAAAAACCAAAUAAUAUUAUAAAUUCUC